CUAGCAUCGCUAAGUGGGACGAGGCCAAGCUUCUAUUUUCUCCCUGUAUAGUUACACCGUAGAUCUGUUGAAGAACACCGCUACCUGUCAAACGCUUCCCCAGCGAGGUGGCAACUCUGAGAACAGAUAAAAGUCUGGGAAGACGUCCCGCCAAGACAAGCUGCCACUACCAAGGGGACCCCGACAGAAUACAGCCGGCUCGUUCCCAUUCAGUUGCUUCGAGAUCUCACCGGUAGCAAAGGUUGGCAAACCCCAGGAACAGUACUGGCACGUGUCGGUAUUAACAUGAACGUCUUCUGUAUACUUGUAAGCACGUGCCUGUGCCUCGGUCUGGCUGAAGAUGAGAUCAUUGACCUCACUCACACGUUCGGGAAAAGGACGAUCUACUGGCCGGGAAAUCCCCCGUUUAACUUUUCCAACGUCUUCCGACUACCAGGGAGUCCUGGAUAUGUAGCGGAAGCCAAUGCGUUCCAGACAGCCGAGCACAGCGGGACUCACAUGGAUGCCCCCAGACACUUUUGUCCCAAGGGGAAGCGUGUGGAGGAAGUUGUCAUGGAUCGGUUGUCAGGACCUGGGGUCGUCAUCGAUGUCAGAAAAGAAUCAGAAUCCAACCCUGAUUUCCAGGUCAGCGAGCAGACUUUCACAGACUGGGAGGCGAUGCAUGGCACCAUUCCAGACGGAGCGAUCGUACUUUUCAACUUUGGCUGGGACAAGUUUUGGCCUGAAAGAAAGCGUGUCUUCAACUCCGAUGAUGUCAUGAAUCCAUCAAGUUUCCACUUUCCAGGGUUGAGUCCCGAUGGAUCAAAAUGGUUGACGAAUAACCGCCGAGUGCACGCGGUGGGGGGCGAUACUCCAUCUCUCGACCCUGGUCAGUCAACUUUAUACGAGGUACACGUGAUGUUGCUGUGCGAUAAUGAGAUUAUAAUUCUGGAGAAUGUAGCUAAUCUAAACAGUAUGCCAGCGACUGGAACUAAGGUAUACAUUGGCGCCCUGAAGCUUGAACAUGGGAGUGGAACACCUGUCAGGCUGUUCGCUGUUCCUUUGUCUAGUGCCGCCGUGUCUAGGUGUCCUAUGUGGCUGUUCACGUUGAGUAUGUUGUUACUAGCAUUGCUUUAAUCAACCGGUGUUCCGGUGUUCUUUGUGGAUGUUCACGUUAAUAGCAAUGCUUUAAUCAACCGCCAUACAUUGACUUAACACCGUUCGCUCUUCCAUGGAAGCUAGAUGUAGUAAGGUGUCCAUGGCCGUUCGCAUGGUGUAUAUUGCUUGAAUGAACUCCAUACUUAAAGCCGUUACUUUGUCUAACAUCUGCAUCUGAUUCAUGUAAACAAAAUAGCUUAGUGAUGGUCUUGGGUUUCUGGGCAACAGCUACUCCGGACUAUAGUACAGUGCAAAAGCAUCAACGCUGCUCAAUAAAACUAGCACUGCCCACAUGUAUGCAAAUAAACCAUACAAACAUG